AUGAACAGGGCAGCAUGUGUUGAGACAUUCGCAAAAACUGGACAAGUGGAAAACGCCAGUGAUGCUGAACAGUGUACCGAAUUUGAAAAUGCAAAUAGAACCACCAGUCUUAGUUCUCCUAUUCCUCUUCCAGCAUAUCCUCGAAGAAUUGCUACUGAGAAUGGAUUAUUCUACCAAAACAUAUUUGAUUCCCCUAAUCUUGGGCUGUCAGCAAGAUAUUUGUCUAAGAGUCACACUCCAACAGCGGGAUCCAUCUUAGCACAGAAAAUGGAAUCUACUCCGGCUUUAGAUUCUAUACAUGAGAACUUUCUUGUUUCAGCCAUUGCAACACAAUCUGCGCCAGCUUCAAGCAUGAAGAGUACUUUUUGUGUAGUUUCAACAUUAACUUUUCUUGGUGCUAUCAAUCUACUUCAACCAUUGAAUGAAAUAAUUAAUCCAAUGGUCUUAAACCCACGACAACAAUUUGUGAUUCAUAUUGGACGAAAGCUUUUUCAGGUUGGCGAUGAUCAGAUGCUAAAAACUGAUGCUUCUGGAAGCAGUAGCGUUGGGACCUUCCUUGGUUGGGCAAUGACAUUUGUAUAUAUGGGUGGAAGACUGCCUCAAAUUUGUCUAAAUAUCAGAAGGGGUCAUGUUGAGGGACUCAAUCCUUUCAUGUUCAUUUUUGCUGUACUUGGGAAUACCACUUAUGUAGCCAGUAUUCUUUUGAUCAGCUUGGAUUGGGCAAAAAUCAAACCAAAUUUGCCAUGGCUUGUAGAUGCUGCAGGUUUAUAUAUUUCCACUUUUGGACCUCCCAUGCCCUGUAGAGUAAAUGCAAAAUCUUGUUUGUGUACUGAGGAAGAAACAAGGAUUAUCAGUCUUGCAAUCUCCACCAAGUUGACUUAG